AUGGUAGACAGUUUAUUUGCAAGAUACCAGUUAGAAAAGCAUGGCUGGACGGAAGGAACUGGCCUUGGAAAACAUGAAAAUGGCAUAACAGCACCUAUAAAAGUUGCCCUGAAGAAUAAUAAAGAUGGGGUUGGUCACAUUCCUGGUUCUGACCUCACUGAAAACUGGUGGGAUCAGGUUUACAAUAAAGUAGCCAGCAAAAUUUUAGUGAAGACAACAAAGGAUAGUGUUGCAGUUCAUGCAGCAGAAACAAAAGAAAGCAGCAAAAACAAAUCUUUGCUUUAUGCAAGAUUUGUGAAGGGUGCUACCCUCAAAGCAUCAGAAGGCAUUAUUGUUGAAGAACCUGAAAAGUCCAGUGAAUCAGAGAGUGAAAAAGAACAAAUCCCUCCACGACUGACAGAUGAAGAAAUUUUAAAAAUCUGUGGAGGACGAACUGCCCAUAAGGCAGCAGGCCAUGGGUUAAAACAGAAUGGCAAACUGCAGCGUAUUCAGGAGCAAGAACGACAGCCACCACAGACCUUUACUUCUGGCAUUCUUGGCCUUGUUACUUCUGGCUACAUUACAGUCCCUUCUUCUGGCAUCACUUACUUCAACCUAAUCCACUUGGAUGACAGCAUAAACAGACCUGCUCACUACAGCACCAAACUUUUGGCUACACAUCAGUCCCUACUUGCAGUAUCGAUACUCUAA